AUGGACGACACCGACACACAACCCAAGCAGCCCCGCGCAGUAUUCAAAUACAAUGUCGCCUGGAUGGACCGUGUCUUUCGCUCUAGGUACCAGAUAGAAGAUCUCCUUCUCCCCGAAAAAGAAGCGGGCAACAUCACAACCCGCGACUACGAUGCGUCCCUCGACUUCUUCCCCAACAACCGCCGCUACUACCCCAUACUCUGUUCCCUGGGAAUCGCAUCAUUGACUUUGCUGCGUCCUAUCAGUACUAAGUGGACGCGCAGGAGACAGGGCCUCUCCGCUUUCUCAGCUGGGUUCUUUGGCUACACUGUCGGCAAAUUUCUCUGCUUAAAUGCACACUACAAUUUUGUGCGCUCCCUGGAAAACCCAGGUGGUUUUGAUCGUGCGAUGGAAAACAUCAAGGGCAAACUAGACUCUUACGUCCCGGACGGCCCUAUCAUCCAACGGAUCUACGAACCUUCACCCACUGACAACGUCUAUGGAGCCCAGGUGCCCCAGCACGAAUCUGGCCUCAUGCUGCCAACAGCUCCAGACUCUCCAUCUUCACCUCAGGCUCCUAUACCCAAACCAAUAAGCAGAUGGGAUCAAAUUCGAAACGCCAAUAGCCGCUCCGCAACUGCCUCUUCAUGGGACGCACUUCGCCAGAAACACGAAAAACAGACUGUGAAAUCCCCAGAUGCCAACGAGGAAGUACGGUGGAAUGAAACAGCAUAA